GCUUUCGUGCGGUACACUGCGAUUCCAUUGCCACCAUUUUCGUGGCGUAGCCAGGAAGGUAAGAUGGGGUGCUGAGUCGAGAUGACUUCUUCUGCCGACAAUCUUCUUAGAGGAUCGCUCCUUAAUUUCAAACAAGAGUGGUCUGUGUAUAUAUAACGCUGAAUUGGGUUUGAAUUCUGGUGGUGUGAUGAACUCGACUAUGCAAUACAUGGACAAGCAGAUAAUGGAUCUAUCCAGUGCGGAGAGCCAUGCGGUUAAGGGCAGAGACGAUAGAAGCAGCGACGACUUCACUGAUUUCGUGAAUAGUUUGCCGGAGAAGAAAGGGGGUUUGCUUCCGAGCUACGACCUUAUGCCUAUUCAACCAGCUGUUACAUUUACGUUUCCGCAGCCUGAUCGUUCCCCUAAUUUCGAUUCCGUCGGCGAUGGUGCGCUCUACAGGACUUGGAAUUCUAUGGAUCCCAAGACCAACGCCUCUCCACUCAGAAAAUAUGGUUCUGUUGAUGCAGACAAACAUUCCAAAUUCAUUUCGGGGAUGAAUGAAAAUCCCAAGUUAGACAUUUCUUUGGCCUCAGAGAUUGAUCAGAUAAUGAAGAAACAUGUGGAUAAUCUGGUGCAUGCUUUGGACGGCGUGAGCACACGACUAUCACAGUUGGAAACAAGGAGCUGCAACGUUGAGAGUUCGGUAGAUGAUCUGAAGGUGUCUGUCGGCAGCAACCGUGGAGACACUGAUGGAAAAAUAAGAUUUCUGGAAAAUAUGCUUCGAGAGGUGCAAUCCGAUGUUCUGUUUAUCAAAGAUAAGCAAGAGAUAUUAGAAGCUCGACUACAAAUCACUAAACUUGGGGCUCCAAGAGUAGAACAAGAAUCUGAAAGCAAGAAGAUUGCAGCCAGCCAUUCUACCAAGACAGGAACAACUUUCUCCAAUGUAUCUCCACCACAGCCAACCCCAAUUUCAUAUAAUCUGCCUCAACCACCUACCCCGCAGAACCCGCAACCUCGUCUCCCCAAUCAGUUACCUCAGCAACCCGAUUCUUACAACCCCUCACCUAACCAGACCCCAGAAACCCCAAUCCCAUCGUACCAAAUGCCUCCACCACACCCCCAAUAUCAGUCACACCCGUCGCCCAUAUCUUUUAACCCGACCCUUCCUCAGCCAAAAUUAUCUCAUCCACCCGAAGAAACAUCCCAUAUACUUUCUCAAACGUACACUCCCAGCCCUCACCUAUUGCCCCCUCAACCCCAGCAGUACUACCGACCAAACCACAAUAUGCAUGAGCCUCCCGGCCUAGCUUAUUCAGCUUCCUUCGGUCCAUCGUCAGGUCAUGGCGAGCCGUAUCCUUACAGCAACACUCCAGGACAACACAGUAAGCCACAGCAGCAGAGCGGUGGAACUGAUUAUCAUCAACGGCUACCAACUGCUCAAAUAUUACCUCAGGCCUUGCCGACAGCCUCCCCAGUAAGUGCGUCGGCAGGAUCAGGUGGCUCUGGGAACAGGAACCCUGUCGAUGACAUUGUCGACAGGGUUACAAACAUGGGAUUCCGGAGAGAUCAAGUGCGAGCAACAGUACAAAAGCUAACCGAAAGUGGCCAGGCCGCAGAUUUGAAUGCUGUCCUCGACAAGCUGAUGACUAACGGCGACGGCGAAGCUCGUCGAGGAUGGUUUGGCCAGUAAUGGAAAUGAAGGUUCUUCUGCUUCAUGUUUCAAGCUACCAUUUGAAAGCUUCAUUUGUGUAUUGAUCUUGUUCUUUCCAUUUUAAGUAUAUAUAACUUGUCGAUAUACUUUCAUCUGUUUUACUAAUAAAAAGAUUGUUCUUUAAAAACAACAUAGACUAUGUUCCACAGUACAUGUUUAAAUUUCACUGUCUUACCUAUUCAUUCCUUGUACACAUAAAAAGCCAUAUUUUGUCUGUAAUUUAUGUUAUGGUUAUUUAGAGAAGUU